CUCGGAUGUACAGGAAUCGAUUUAAUUAAUUGUAUUCAUUCCUCCCUUAAAAAUUCAAGACUUGAACAGGAAUGGAAAUUGUGCCUAGAAGCAACAAUGUCCUCAGUAAUUUUAAAGUGGGUUUUGAUGUGCAUAUUUUGCAGCCCAGUGUUGUCUACAGAGAAAUGGAGUCUUGCCGUAAACACAGGGACUCAUGCAGAUGCCAAAACAGACGGAAAUGUAUAUUUCCAGUUGCAAGGAGACAUCCAAGACUCACAGCUCUAUAACUUAGAUGGGCCUGGUAACGAUUUUGAAAAUGGGGAAACUAAUGUUUUUCAACUUGAAACUCCAUUUCUUGGCCAUCUGCAAUUUGUGAAAAUGUCUUAUAAGUCUCAAGAUAAAUGGUUCUUGGAAAAGAUGAUUCUUACAAAUCUGAUUACAAACGGAAUAUGUAGAUUUCAGUUCAAUAAUUGGUUUCCUGAGAGCUAUUCUUGGAAUGCAAGCGAUCUAGAAUGUGCGUCUGUUUUGAGAUCCUCUAGUUCUUCAGUUAUGACCAGCAGAACAAUAGAAUUGACCAGUUCUUUGGGAUUACAAAUGGUACAAACAUCUCCCACCUAUUUUUACCAAACGUCUAGAACUUUGAUUGAGUCCUCGGGACAAAAAUCACAAGCCAUACUACAUCCGUCAACCGAACUACAUCCGUCACCAUCAAUGAAUGAACAUCAAACACUGACUGCAUCAGAAGAACUGAAAAGAUCAUUCGCACACAACCCUGUUAUCUCCUUAACAGCAUCACAAGACAUGCAAAUAACAUCUGAACCGGAUAUGUCUCAAACUUCAAGACCUCUGCUAUUUACCACAGAAACUUCCACCAACCCAUUAGGAUCCUUUCAAGUGGAGCAAACAACAACAAGACUAGGAGGGAUACUAAGUUCUGCUUAUGUACUUUCGACAAAUAGGAUUUCAGAAUCAUUCUCCCAUACCCCUGUGUCUUCCACCCAAGAAUUGGUUUCUAGUAGCAAACUGUGUAUUCCAUGGAUACAGGUUAUCGAGAAUGGCGCUCCCUCCAUGGAAAACAGUUCGUGUGUCUGUCGUUUGAUGAAUUCUUCAUCACUGUCAAAGGAAGCCAAGAUUAGACAAUUAAUUAAAGAACUGACAGUUGAUCCGAAAUCAUUGUCUAAGUAUAAAAGGAAGAAGAUAAGCGCUCCUGACCACAGGGUUUCAGCUCAGGCCAUAGGGUAUGUCGGGGUGGUUACAUUAGUUGCACCUUUCGCUUUGAUUGUUAUACUUGAUCUCAUGACUUUCACGAAAUAUUACCUGGGAAACUAAGACCUAAGAUAUCUCUACACUAUAAAAAAAAAAACAAGAAACGAGCAAAGGGAGAUAACUCAAAGUGGUCAGUGGCAUGCAUUUGAAAAGCUAGGCAAAUACAUGUGUGCUAAAUACUGUACAAUAUAUAAAUUCUUGAUUUAUUAAAAUUAUCUCCACCUCUAGAGAAUGCAACAUAAUUAUCAACUGACAAUUAUCUCCCCUUCCAGUUAGGAAGGGGAGAUAAUCUCUAGAAUCAAGACUUCCUAAAUUGACUUUCUAUUAAAGCAAAAUUGUAAAUAAGCAGACAGAAACUGGAAGAAGCCCUUCAUACACACACACACACAUACACACACAUAUGCACUUAUAUAAAUGUACAUAUAUAUAUGGGAGAAUGUACGAAAACAAACAACAACAAACGAGGACAGGUGGUGUAAACAACAAAAGGAUGUAUUAGUUUGACGCUCGGGAAUAUAUUGUUUUCCUAUAUAUCAUCUAUAUUAGUAAUAACACAGAUGGGCUAAAGUUCACUACAGCUGUUUCAUAUAUUUUUAUUGAUAUUUUGCAGAAGUAACAGAGGGUCAAACUCUCUGAGCCAUUCUGUUACUUCUGCUAAAUAUUAAUAAAAAUAUACAUACAUUCAUAUUUUAAGUUUUAUUUUACCUCUUUAUGUCAACAUACCUGUAUAUUUAUAUAUAUCGUUGUAUGGAAUAAAGACUAAU